CUGUCAGUGCAAUUCCGUGCCUCCUGGCUUUUCCUGUGAAACCGGAAAAGCGAUGCGUCUCAAGAUCGUGCUCUUCCUCAUCGCUUUUGUCUCUCGAUCGUCGUUAGCGAUCGGAUUCUUCAAGCCUUUCAACGUGAGCUAUGACGGAAGGGCGCUCCUACUCGACGGGCAGCGGAGGAUUCUCAUCUCUGCGGGAAUUCACUAUCCUCGAGCCGCGCCUGAGAUGUGGCCUGACCUAGUUGCCAAGACAAAAGAAAACGGGGUAGAUGUGGUUCAGAGCUAUGUCUUCUGGAAUGGACAUGAACCUGUGAGAGGUCAGUACAACUUUGAAGGACAGUUUGACAUUGUAAAGUUUGUGAAAUUGGUCGGAUUAAGUGGACUUUAUCUGCAUUUGCGGAUAGGUCCAUAUGUAUGUGCUGAGUGGAAUUUUGGGGGAUUCCCAGUAUGGUUAAGAGAUAUCCCGGGGAUAAAAUUUCGGACUGAUAAUGGGCCAUUUAAGGUAGAGAUGGAGAGGUUUGUGAAAAAGAUCAUUGGUUUGAUGAAGCAGGAGAUGCUGUUUUCUUGGCAAGGUGGGCCCAUCAUCUUGUUACAGAUUGAGAAUGAGUAUGGGAACAUAGAAGAUUCAUAUGGAAAGGGAGGGAAGGAGUAUGUUAAGUGGGCAGCAAGGAUGGCCCUAGGACAGGAUGCCGGUGUUCCAUGGGUCAUGUGCAGGCAAAAUGAUGCACCAGAGAAUGUUAUUGAUACCUGUAAUGCGUAUUAUUGUGAUGGCUACAAGCCUAAUUCAAAGGAGAAACCAAUAUUCUGGACGGAAGACUGGGAUGGAUGGUAUGCAUCUUGGGGUGGCAGACUUCCUCAUAGACCUGUCCGUGAUCUUGCAUUUGCUGUUGCUCGUUUUUUUGAGCGUGGUGGCAGCUUCCAGAAUUACUACAUGUUCUUUGGGGGAACCAACUUUGGUCGUACAUCUGGGGGGCCAUUCUAUACAACUAGCUAUGAUUAUGAUGCUCCAAUAGAUGAAUAUGGUUUAUUGAGGCAGCCUCGGUGGGGGCAUUUGAAAAAUCUCCAUGAAGCUUUAAGGCUUUGUGAACCAGCUUUAGUUUCUGUCGAUGUUCCUGAUUAUGUAUUGCUGGGAAUAAAGCAGGAGGCACAUGUUUAUCGGGAACCUGUUGACAAUAAAAUUACUGAUAGUGGUUUUCUUGGAAAUGGAAGUGUAUGUUCAGCAUUUCUUGCAAACAUGGAUGAGCGUCAUUCAGUCAGUGUGAAAUUUCUUGGACAAACUUUUCAUCUGCCACCAUGGUCAGUGAGCAUAUUGCCUGACUGCAAAAAUGUUGCUUUUAAUACUGCCAAGGUGCAGUCACAGACCUCUCUAAAACUUUUGGACAGACUUUCUUCUCGUUUCUCAACCAUGACCAAUUUCUCAUUCAAGUCUACAGUUUCUUGGAUCUCAGAGUCGUGGCAGGCAUUUCAUGAGCCAAUUGGUGUAUGGAGUCCAGAAAAUUUUACAAUGCAUGGUGUACUAGAACAUCUAAAUAUUACAAAAGACAGUUCAGACUAUUUGUGGUAUAUUACUAGGAUAUAUAUCUCUGAUGAGGAUAUUUUACAUUGGAAGGUAACUGGUGUACGACCCUCUCUCACAAUUGACCGUGUGCGGGAUGUUGUUCGAGUUUUUGUAAAUGGGAAUCUUGCAGGUAAUGCUACUGGUCACUGGGCGCCUGUGAACCUCCAUAUUGAUUUGAAACAGGGAGAAAAUGAGCUGGCAAUAGUCUCACAAACAAUGGGCUUGCAGAAUUAUGGUGCUUUCCUUGAAAAAGAUGGAGCAGGUCUGAGAGGACAGAUCAAUCUCAAAGGUCUAAAGGGUGGAGUUCAAAACCUUUUGAAUUCUCCAUGGACCUAUCAAGUUGGUUUAAAGGGGGAAUUCCUAAAAAUAUAUGAUCUAGAAAGCCAGGGAAGUGUGAAUUGGUCCUCCACUUUACCACCCGACACAUCUACUGCUUCCUUCACAUGGUACAAGGCCACAUUUAGUGCUCCUGAUGGUGCUGAUCCUGUUGCAAUUGAUUUGGGAAGCAUGGGAAAGGGCCAAGCUUGGGUUAAUGGAAAGAGCAUUGGAAGAUACUGGACCAUUGUUGCACCAAAGCAUGGAUGCCCUUCACACUGUGAUUAUCGUGGAGCUUAUAAUGAAAGAAAGUGUUUGUGGAACUGCGGGAGACCUACUCAGCGCUGGUAUCAUGUCCCAAGAUCCUGGCUACAGGAAUCAAGCAAUCUGCUUGUCCUCUUUGAGGAAAUAGGUGGGAACCCACUGGGAAUAUCAAUCAUGCGUCAUGCUACUGACACGAUCUGUGCAACAACCUCAGAGUCUGAUUACCCGCCUCUUCACAUGUGGCAGCACCCAGACAUCGUCAGUGGUGAUAUUUCAAUCACGGAAGUAGGUCCCGAGUUGGACAUAUUUUGUGACUAUGGUCAGAUAAUCUCUUCCAUAGAGUUUGCAAGUUAUGGAAACCCACAAGGUAGCUGCCAACAGUUUUCAGAAGGGAACUGUCAUGCUUCUAAAUCAUUUUCAGUUGUGUCUGAGGCAUGCCGAGGCAAAAAUAGAUGUACCAUAAGUGUCUCAAAUGAGAAGUUCGGUGAGGACCCAUGCCCAGGAGUUGUGAAGACUUUAGCAGUUGAAGCAAAAUGUAUGUCAGCUUCGGAUGUCAAUAUUGCUUAUAUGUGAAGCUGUUCUUUAGACUAAAGAAUUUUUAUCGUCCUUGCACUUGUUUGGCUCCAAUGAAUAAAAUGUAGAGUGAGAGACAUCUGCACAUAUACCACGCAGUUACUGGAAGAAAUGGGCAAACAGGUCCUUGGGCAGGCCAUCCAGAACAUGUGUAAUGCCUUCUAGAAACACAGGUCCACAAAAUUGAGCAAAAUGUUAGGUUUUGAGAAAGCCUGAUGAGGAGCUCAUUGCUCAGAUGCUCAUCAACAUGCUGGCUUUUGCAUUUCCAUCAAUGUUCAUAAGUGCUCAUCUUAUGAUUGGUCUGUAUGUAUUAUAUCUGGCGAUAAUAUUGUUCUUUCUACAGUUUCGUAUGUAUUAUAUAUAGCGAUAAUGUUGUUCUUUCUGCAA